AUGGUGGACGCCCCAGCACUUGCGGUGGCCCUGGUGGUGCCCGUUCUGGGCGGCAUGAUUGGCGGCUUUGCCACCGCCAGCCAGAUCAAGGGGUGGUACGCGACCCUGAAGAAGCCGUGGUGGAACCCCCCAAACUGGCUGUUUGGCCCCGUGUGGACCUGCCUCUAUGCUGCCAUGGGGUACGCGUCAUACCUAGUGUAUGAGCAGGGCGGCUUCGCCAAGCAGGCGGUGCCCCUGGGGGUGUACAUCGCCCAGCUGGCGCUCAACUUCCUCUGGACCCCCCUCUUCUUCACGCUGCACCGCUUUGACCUCGCCACCGUCGACAUUCUGGCCAUGUGGGGCAUGAUCGUCGCCACCAUCGCCACGUUCUACCCGGUGAUCGGCGCCUGGGCCUUGGGCCUGCUGAUCCCCUACCUGGCCUGGGUGUCGUACGCCUCGGCCCUGACCAUAUGGAUAUGGCGCAACAACCCCGCCAAGCCAGUGCUUGUCAAGAAGCAAGAGUGA